AUAAUAAUUAGAGUUACUUUUGCGAACAUAUGAGGUUACUCGAACAAAUAAAUAAGGUUACUCAAACAUGUAAUUAGGGUUACUUAUCAACUAAUGAGGUUACUUUUAUAAUAUAAUGGGUCAUUUAAAAAAUAUAUGAGGGUUACUUGUAUAAUAAAUGGGUUACUCGUAUGAUAAAAUAAGGGUACAAAUAAUAAUAGUUACUUAUUAUGAAGUAAUGGGUUCCUCGUAUCAUAAAAUAAGGUUACAAAUAAUAAGGGUUACACGUACAUUCAGAUAGGGUUAUUCGAAAACGGAUUCACGCUUGGGUUUUUUUUAAAGGGGACACGAGCAUCAUUAUAAGGCCUAGCUUGGACUUAUUAUUAGCUGGCCACGUCCUUAUUUAUCAAUGUGUUAAUGGUAAAAUUCUAGAGGAAAUAAGAGGAGAGAGAAAAUAGGGAAAAAAAAAUAGGGGAAAUAAGAGGCGAGAGAAAAUGAGGCAAAAAAAUAGUAAAAAUGAGAGAGACAUCAAAGAGAAAAAAAAAAAGAAAAAAGAAAGAAUUUAAAAAAAAAAAAAAGAGAGAAAGAGGGGGCGUGAGAGAAAGGGGGGCGCGUGAGAGAAGAGGGGCGUGGCUACACCAUUAGUUGAAGAUGUGGCCCGCCUCUUUCAAAAGUUUUUGUAAUUUAAAAUAGUCUUCAAAUGUGUAAACAGCGACCACAUGUUUCAAAGGACUUGAAAUAUACACAUUGUCAAUUAGAAAUAGAAAUUCGCACUUCGGAAGUAUCUUCCUACAGGCUAAUAUGCUCUUCAUGAGAGAAUGAUGUCCAUAAACCUGGAAUGUGAAUAUGAUAUUAUGAUGAUGUAUGAAUCAAAAGAACAGAAGUUCAACCACGGGAAUAAAAGAAAUCUGUUGAUCGACUUGAUUGGCGACAUAUAUGACAGUUAUGCGGCACAUUUAUUUAGCUCUUACAUGCAGUCUCAGGCUCUACAAAAGCUUGCAGAUGGUACUUUAUGAUACACCUGGAGUUAUUGAGAAGAAAAUGCACAAAUUGGAUUCUAUGAUGAUGAAGAAUAAUGUCCGCAGUGCUGCCGUCAAUGCAGAUUGUGUAGUUGUAGUGGUUGAUGCGUGUAAAAUGCCUGAAAAGUUAGAUGAAGUGCUUGAGGGGGUAGGAGAUCUGAAGGACAAAUUACCCACCUUGCUUGUUCUGAAUAAAAAGGACCUCAUUAAACCUGGUGAAAUUGCUAAAAAACUUCAGUACUAUCAAGGCAUUGGCCCAAACUAUUCUCAAGAGAAGAUUGAUGAGCUCAGGGAGUUGUGGGUUACAUAUGUCGGAGAUCAACACGAAGUACAAAUGAUGAAUGAGUUAUAACUUCCCGCCUAAUUUUUUUAACCUUAAUCCACUUUUGGACAUACAUUAUAUUUUUGGAUUUGGAUAUUGAUAUCAUGUGGAUGUAGCUAUAUAUAGGAUAGAUUUGAUCUUGUUUAUGAUUUAGAUUAAUAUUGCUAUGUACAUAUAGUAGUUUUUUUUAGAAGUUUAGAUUUAUAAAUAUUAGUUGAAUUAUUUUGUAAUAUAAAGAAUUUUGGAAGUUUGGAAUAUCAAUUCAAGUUAUUGGUUAA